GAGAAAUCCUCAUGGGACAUCACACGGCGAGACGCACCUCGCAGGGCAGACAGCGGCGCCCUUUCGACUGCCUUCGUGGUGCUGUCACUCAGAGACGGCCGUCUCAUGAAAUGGGAGUGCUGCACGCCCGUGCCUGCGUAGACGACAUGGGGAUUCACACGCGCCUUUCUUGUGGCUGCGUAAUAUCGUCUCGGGUAUGGAUCGACGCACGGCGAGGCAACAGCAGCCGUGGACGGCCGCUUGGUCGCCUCCUUCUCAGCCUCGGCGCCGGCAGGCUGCUGUUGCGGCUGACCCUGGGUCGACGGCCGCACUUGAGCUGCUUCAUCCUCAGUCUUCUCUUCAACUUUACUUUCCCUGAGGCUCGUGUACUCGUUCCUCGCAAUCAAGCGGACUGACGUCCCCGGCGGGGCAAUAGAGGGCCGACCGACACAGGCAGGCACAUGUGGAGACCAGAAGAUGCCGUCCCUCUGCUGCUUGAUGUGACGCGACCAGGGAGACCAGCUCUCCACCGUGUGUCGCCUUGCCGCCCCGGCGGGCGCUGUGCGGGGGGGCUGGUAAGCAGUGAAACUCGGGGCAGUCGUGGCGGCUGGUGGCAUCCAGACGGCUGCAGGCUUGCCGGCAGCAUGCCUCUUGGUGGUGCAGAGGAAGUGGUACCGAGAUGGGCUCAGCAAAGAGGCUUUCAGCCUGUGAGCCUCCGUCUCAGCCUGCAUGGAUGUAGGGAGAGCACACAGAUCAUGUCACUCAUUUGUGUCGUGUGGUGCUGGCUUACAUAGCUCAUUAGCGGAGGUUUGAGGACGUGCUGCGUUUGUUCAUGGCCCCCAGCGGGGAUGCGCCGCCUCUUCUGGAUGAACCUCUUGUCGAAGGGGUUGCCAUCGUCGCUUGCGCGCAGCAUGGGGAAGUAGGGGUCGCAUCUGCAGACGUGUCAUCCCCCAUGUAAGGAUGCAUUGCCCCUCUGCUACCUAUGCCAUGGCACGUGCUCACCUUUGGCGUGCCGGGUUUAUGAUGUCAAAUUGAACGCCGGACAGGCGUGACGCCACUGCCUUCUGGCCAGCCGUCCCUCGCUGCUUCCCACACUCGUACAGGUUUACACUCUCCAUCGCCUCAACACCGAGCCCCACGUGAAGGAACACCGAGCUCUCAAGUGGGGAUGAAUUGAAGUGAUCAGCUGAGAGCCGCCUGCCACGAAAACCUCGGAACAGAGGGAGUUUUUGCAAAGGGGGAGAAG